GUAAGUUGCUAAAAGCAAAAGUCCUUGAGUACCGAAAAAGUGCCGUUAUUCCGCUGAACUUUCACCUGUUGCUCGGCUUUAUACAAACAAGCAUAUAUAUAUAUAUAUUUAUACACAUACUCUCUGCGGCAAUAGACAGAUGAGCGGAUUCUCGUCGAUUCUCGGUGCCCCAGGAGCGACGGGAGACUUCAAGUACAUGAGGAAGAAGCUGAUCGGGACAGGGUCCUACGGUGAGGCAUGGUUGGUGGAGCGCGUCAGCGACAAGGCCAUAUUCGUGGCAAAGUCGAUGGACCUCGGCAAGAUGUCCACUCGCGAUCGCACCUACGCGUACAGUGAGAUCAAGUGCCUUGCAAGCUGCCACCACCCAAACAUCAUCAAGUACAUUGAAGACAAGGAGGAAGACGAGCACCUGCUUAUUGUAAUGGAAUUUGCCGAUUCCGGUGAUCUUGACCGACAGAUCAAGGCUCGUGGUUCAGAGUUCAAGUACUUUCAGGAGCACGAGGCGCUCUUUCUCUUUCUGCAGCUUUGCCUCGCCCUAGAUCACAUACACAGCCACAAGAUGUUGCACCGAGACAUCAAAGGUGCAAACGUGCUUCUGACCUCUACCGGUCUCAUUAAAAUUGGUGACUUCGGCUUCAGCCACCAGUACGAUGAUACAGUUUCGGGUGUGGUCGCAAACACCUUCCUUGGAACUCCUUAUUACCUCGCACCAGAGCUGUGGAACAACCAACGCUACAGUAAAAAGGCUGACGUGUGGUCCCUGGGUGUGCUGUUGUACGAGAUUAUGGCUCUGAAACGUCCGUUCACCUCCACAAACAUGAAAGGGCUCAUGGCAAAGGUUUUGAGUGGCGACUAUGAGCCGCUUCCUGAAGUGUACUCAGCAGACUUUAGGGAUGUCGUCCGCAAGAUCCUUGUCUGCGACGCUGAGAAGCGUCCCAGCGUCCGUGACAUCUUCCGCAUUCCCUAUGUCCGCGAAGGUCUGAAGGUGUUUAUGCACACGGUGAAGAAGAACUCACGCAUCGUCGACGAAGUCAAGGAGGCGCUGCUGACACACGUGACGGAGAUUCUUUCCAGUGAGGUGGAGGAAGAGCCGAAGAGCACUCCUGUGGGACAGAUCAACAAGGAUGUCUCUUUUUCCGGUUACCUCAACAAACUCAAGGGCGGCGAUAACCACUCGUGGAAGAAGCGCUACCUGCAGGUGCAAAAGGGACACUUUAUCAUGUCAGACAAGGAGUCGGACACAGAGGGAAAGGCGCUCAGUCUGGAGCACAUUCAAAGCGUGUGCCCGGUUCCGGAGAGUACCGCGAAGAAAGAGUACGUGUUUGCGCUUCACACAACGAGUGGAAAGUCGAUGUGGUUUGAGGCAGAGUCGCAGGAAAAUAUGGAAGAGUGGAUUCAUGCAAUUCAGCGUGGUCUUGGCGUUGCGUAA